GCGAUAUUUGAGGCAGAAAAAAAGACAAGGUUGCGUGUGUUUUACUCCACAAAAGAACUCCUAAAACCAAAAACGUUAAAACCCACUUCUUUUUUUUCACAGUAUUCUCUUUUCAUGUCAAGAACAAUUACUGUUUUUCUUGGUAUGCAAUCUGUAAAUUUAUUGUAGUUUUCAUUUCUACUUUUGGGGUUUAGGAGUAAAAGUGGAGUCACUCUACUUUGCUUUACCUUUUUCUGAGUUUUUUUUUGUUCAUACAAAUCCAAAUUUCCUUUUCUUUGUAUUCCUAUUUUUUCUCUUCUCGUCCCUUUCAGAAUCUUUAGAGAGAGAGAACAACAAAUUGAGAAAGAAAAAAAGGUAAGGCUGUGUGAGAGAGAACCCACCAAAGCGUGCACGAGAGAGAGAAAAAAAAAGCUUUGAUUUUGUAUAAAAUCCCACCACUGCUCUCUUACCAUACCUUCAUUACACAUCUCUCUUUCUCUCUCUCGCUCUCAGUUUUGUGGGAUUGUUUCUUUAAAAGGGGUUCUUAGGGUUUAGUGAAGCUAUAGAUUUCAAUUUCAUACAUAGUUAACGUAUAGAAGGAAUCUUGGGUUGAUCAAUGGAAGGUUGUCCAAGAAACAGAGAAAUCGGUCCAAAACUUCUUGAUUUGAUUCCACAAGGAAGGAAAUGGUACCAAGAAGACAAGAACAACACAGAUCAGGAGAAGAAACUUGAGCUAAGGCUUGGACCACCCGGUGGUGAUGAAGAAGAUCAUUCAGCAAUCAAGAAGAAGAACACAGAGAUAAGAAACAUCAAGAAGGAAACAGAAGACAAAUCUUUCCACUGUUUUAAUGGCAAUCACUUCUCUCCUUCCAACAAAACCACUUCUGUUCCUCACAUCUCACAGAAAAGAACUGCUCCUGGUCCAGUGGUGGGUUGGCCUCCGGUUCGUUCGUUCAGAAAGAAUCUAGCGAGCACAAGCUCUUCAAAGCUAGGUAACGAAUCCUCUCAUGGAGGUCAAAUCAACAAGAGUGAUGAUGGUGAAAAACAAGUUGAAACCAAGAAGGAAGGAAUGUUUGUCAAGAUCAACAUGGAUGGUGUUCCUAUUGGUCGUAAAGUUGAUCUCAAUGCUUACAACAGCUACGAACAGCUCUCUUUUGUCGUUGACAAACUCUUCAGAGGUCUACUCGCAGCUCAAAGAGAUAUCUCUGAUGGUCAAGGAGAAGAGAAACCUAUCAUUGGAUUAUUAGAUGGGAAAGGAGAAUUUACUUUAACCUAUGAAGACAAUGAAGGGGACAAGAUGCUUGUUGGGGAUGUUCCAUGGCAAAUGUUUGUUUCAUCUGUGAAGAGACUGCGUGUGAUUAAAAGCUCUGAGAUUUCAUCUGCCUUGACAUUUGGAUGCAGUAAGCAAGAGAAGAUGAUGCACUGAAGAGUCUUUUUAGAAACUUUUAUUUCAGACAGAGAGUCUCAAAGCUUUAUAAAUGUACAUCUGGUUUUUGUUAUAUAUAAGAGUUAAUCAUUGGUUUUUUACUUUUUUUUUGGUCCAGAGAAACAUUUGAUCUGAUCUGAUAUUCCCAUGUCUUCAAGACACUAGACGAUGAGAUUACAUAAGCAAUCUGUGUUUAUAAGCAUUUUAAUUAAUUAAGGAGAUAAUUAGAACAUACUGUAAUAAUUAUCUCAUGCAUGUCUGCAAAACUCUUUUUGAAAAAAGAAGAUGAAAUUUUUAUUCUCUGUAAAAGCUCUUUUAACUUUUGUUCCUUCCAACUUUGGCUAUACCUUUAAUCAUGUAAAAAGCUGAGAAUGAAAGGCCAUUAUUGUUGUUUUUGUUGUUGUCUUUUUUUUUCUUCUUGUUUUUACUAUUUAACCUGAGUAUGCAUGUAUAUAAGAAGAUAAGAUUGGAAGUUGAAAACUCAAAAAAGACUUUUCAGAAUGAGAUCAGUCCAUGUCGUGAUAAUUUUGGUGGCUAUAUCAUCUCUUUUGUUCUUCUAGGUGCAGAAUUUAGCAGCUUUUUAUCCUGACUUUUUAAA